AUCGGCCUUGGAGUUUCAGUGAUAACGAACCUCAUCCAAGCUUUUUCAAUGGCCUAUCAACGCAAGUCUCACAUACUCAAUGAUUUGUUUCCGAAAGAACUGCGGAUAAGUGCUUACAAACGACCGCUCUGGGUGGCUGCAUUUGGAUCAUACAUGGUCGCGAAUAUCAUUGGCUCUGUGUUUUCGAUCGGAUACCUACCUAUCGUCAUACUGGCUCCGAUUGGUGCCAUGAAUCUUGUCUUUAACACCGUCGCAGCUAGACUAGUCCUGGGAGAUCCAUUGACCCAAAGAAGCAUACUAGGUACGAUGUUAAUUGUCACCGGUGCACUGUUGGUUGGAUUCUUUGGGAUCAUUAAUGAACCUAACCACAGCCUGGACGAUUUGAUUCUAUUAUACAAAAGGCCUACCUUUAUAAUCUAUUUUGGCAUCCUAGAGUCAGGGUUGUUGUUAAUGAUGCUAAUAACACAAUAUCUCGAUUAUCGGUAUGGUUCUCUUGAUUUGGAUGAAUGGCCACCUUCGAAGCGACUUUUGGGUAUCCGAUCAUUAGGAUUAGUGGAUCUAAAGACAUAUAUUGGCAUGAGUAAUAAUAUAAAUGUAAAUAUAAAUAUACACACAUAUUUUAGUAGAGCGAAACAAGAACGAGUCAAUUUUCUUUAUGGUAUUCUUGGGGGCUGUGUGAGCAGUCAGAGUUUGCUGUUUGCCAAAAGCGGGGUUGAGUUGAUCAUCCUCACCGUCGUUUACAAGGAAAACCAGCUCCAGUAUGCACUCACAUGGAUAUUACUGGCAAUGAUGGUCAUUACUGCCAUAUUACAGUUAUUCUAUCUCAACAAGGGUUUGAGACUGUGUGACACCGUGAUGCUGGUGCCGCUCUCCUUUUGUGCGUUUAAUGUGUCAACGCUGUUUAAUGGGCUGGUUUAUUACGACCAAUGGGACCGCUUACAAUGGUGGCAGCUCGUGUGUGUUUUGGUGGGAGUAUCAUUGACAGUUGUUGGAGUGGUAUUCUUGUCA